AUGGGGGCAGAAAACACGAAUCCGAAGUUAAACGUUGCGAUCAUCGGCGGCGGUCUUGGUGGAGUUGCUCUCAGUAUUGGACUUCUUCCUUAUCGUGAUGCCCUCAAUAUCACAAUUUACGAAGCAGCUCCUAAGUUUGCAGAAAUAGGGGCAGGAAUUGCAUCAGGUCCUAACGCAGUGAAUGCCCUAAAUUUGAUUUCUCCUGAUAUCCUUAGAGGUUAUAGGAAAUGUGCAACGUUUAACGAAACUCGCGAUCACGAUAACGCAUGGUUGACUUUUCGGUAUGGGACGAAUAGUAGAAAUGGUGAUGGCAAGAAAAUGGACUUGAUUCAUCAUGUUGGAGAGAAAGGAAAAUCUCUGGGAGAUAUUUCGGAGAUGCUGAAAAGAGAGGAGAUUAGAAGGAGAAGUUGUGUGCACAGGGCUAGGUUCUUGGAUGAAAUGGCAGCGUUGAUUCCAAACGGAAUGGCUAAAUUCAAGAAAAGUCUAGUGAGCGUUGAAGACCCGGAGGAAGACAACGAAGGAUUGAAGUUGACAUUUGAAGACGGUGAGACAGUUCUCGCUGAUGUAGUGAUUGGCUGUGAUGGAAUCAAGAGUGUCACGAGAGACUUCGUCAUGAGAAACCAAUCAAUUGAACCGGUCUUUUCAAACACUUACGCAUAUCGAGCUAUGAUUCCCAGAGAUAUUGCCAGGGAAGCAAUAGGAGAUGCCUUAGCACUAAAUGGCCAAUCAUUUCUCGGGUAUGGUAGAUAUAUGAUUAGUUACCCAGUUGAGCAUGGAAACUUGAUCAACCUCGUUGCAUUGAAGACAACGAAAGAUGUCGAAUGGGAUGAGAAGAACUGGUUGAUGCCUGCUACCAGAGAAGAGUUGGCGUCCGAUUUAGAAGGCUAUGAAGAAAAGUUGGCUGAAUUGGUCUCGAAAUAUUGUACCGGAGAUAAGUGGGGGCUCUUCCAUCUUCCACAUUCUCAGAAAUAUUUUCGCGGAAGAAUUUGUCUUAUGGGAGACGCUGCCCAUGCAAGCACACCUCACUUAGGGGCUGGCUCCGGUAUGGCAUUUGAAGAUGCUUAUGUCUUGAGUCGUCUUUUUGAGGGUGUCAAAACUAAAGAUGAUAUUCAAAAAGCACUCGAAGCUUAUGAUACGGUGAGGAGACCGAGGUCGCAAAAGUUAGUUGAAUUUAGUAAGAAAGCCGGAGAACUGAUCUCGUUUACGCAUGAUGAUUUUAGAGAUGAUGUGAAAAGGAUAGCUGACGAGAUUGAUUCGUUAUAUGAAUGGGUUUGGACAUAUGAUCUCGAAGGGAGUUUGGUAGAGGCGAAACAGCUUUCCAAUUUGUUCUAG